UUUUUUUAUUUUACAAUUUUUUUUCCCUCCCUCUAGCACUGGUCCUCUGUGCUAUCACGCAUGUUAACAACUCUACAAGAUACAAGCGCUCGGGGCUGGUCGACAAUCAAGAUCGUUCGUUAUUCGGCAACCAGUACGAUAAUUCCGACGGCGUAAACUGCUACUCUCUUGCAGACGAUUUUUCUCGCUCUCUCGUCAUCGGAUUCUCUGUUUACAUUGUGGUUAUCGUUUUCUUGGAAAUUAUUGGCGCAUCUUCAGACAAAAAAUAAAAAGAAUUAUUUUAUGUUCUCCGAACACGAUGGCUUGGCGAUAGAGAAUUAAAUUUGUUAAUUGAUUUGUAUUGCGGAGUGGUGUUUGAUUUGACUCUUAAUUUGUGCUAGUGUUCGAACUGGAAGAAUCUAGAGCACAAAAUAAGUGUUCUAGAGAAGAUUUAACAAUCGAAAGUGGCAUCAUAGUAUGUCCUGCUCUCCAUGUGGUUUCGCCUAUACUGCAUCUCCUCAACUUCUGAUGACAGGCCAGCACCCCAGCGUCCACUAUCCAGCCUCAAACAGCAUGCCACCCGACACACUAGUAAGUCAGGCCCAUCCCGGCUCUAGCGUCUGUUCCCUACCGUAUGACGGUCGGCUUCUAGGCACGGCCUACCCGAGGCUUUCUGAAUUGUACGCCGCAGGCGCGGCUGGAUACCCAGACCAUGUCGCCGCUGCUACCUACAUGAGCGGCCACCACCCUGCCAUGCUCUAUUCGACCACCUUGGCAUCUCCUUAUGACAUAAAAGAUCCUCGGGCUGCCUGGGCAUCCCUACCACCAGGACACGGAUAUGAACCUGUACUCGCCGCAUAUUCUCCGUACGGAGAUCGGUUUGAUCCUGUUGAUAGUGAAGCGCGACGUCGCAACGCGACACGUGAAACAACGGGUAUGUUGAAAAAUUGGCUCAACGAACACCGUAAGAAUCCUUACCCGACGAAAGGUGAGAAGAUCAUGCUGGCCAUCAUCACCAAAAUGACUCUCACACAAGUCUCAACGUGGUUUGCGAAUGCUCGCAGGAGGCUGAAAAAAGAGAACAAAAUGACGUGGGAGCCAAGGAACAAAACUGGGGAUGAUUUAGAUGAUGUAUCUGUGGAUGAAGAUGAUGAUAAAGAUGAUCAGCAGAGUGGGGAUGACCUUAAGAGCGAACUCAGCGAUUCGAAUGAAAAUCAAAAAUGCCAGGAAAGUGACUCCAGUAGAACAAGACGAGACAGUAUGAAGGACGAUGAAAACCGACAACAGAAAUGCACCUCCCCCGUUGGUGACAGCCUCAGUGCUCCCGAAGACAGGUCUCCAAUGAAAGCGCUUGAAACCUCAGAAACCAAAUUCCCUGAACUUCCUGAACACAUCAAAUCAGAAUCAAUUGAAAAACCAAAAAUCUGGUCGCUAGCUCAGACUGCCACCUCAGAGAGCCCACCACCCCAAAAAAAGUUCUUCGACCACCAAACUGAUCUGAACCAAAAAUUAAGAAGGUUGGGUUACAAUGAACACUUAUACCAUCCUUCACCGUACCACAGGCCUCUUCCUCCGCAGGACAGUUCAGCCGAAUCAUCUUUAUCGUCACCACCCCUUUGGAGAACAGGAGAGUUGCCCAAUUUCCCACAUGGUGACAAAUUCGGUAGUGUCACCUCCCACGAGCGAAGUGACUUAGCUUCUGUGUCACCAUCCUCCUCGGGAUCCCCAUCCGUUUUACCACCCAGUGCAGAAGUGUCCGCGACGCAUGCACCAAGUGUUAAUUACAAUCGCCUUCUGAAUGGUAGAUUUUUACCUUGUGGUGACAGUUCACAGACUCUGAGGCAUAAUCCUAUAGACUAUGGACAAUUUUAUGCCCAAAUGGGACAUCCCCUAGACAUAAGGACAUUUCAGCCAGCUUUCUUGAGGACAUCCUCUUUUUCAUAUCCCGUUGGUUUUACAAGUGCUCCAGCGUCUAUGUAUCAUACAGUUUCUACAUCAGCACCCAAUAGGACGAAAUUAGAAGAUGAUAUUCCAAGUCGGUGUGAGAGCUAACAAAAAGUCACGUGUUUCUCCAUAGCUAUAUUUUAUUGUUUCUGUUUGUUUAAAUAAAAAUGGUCAAAUCCGACUCAAUAUUUCGGAAGAUAGCCUAAAUCAUUUCCCUUGAAAAGCAAAAUGGUCUAUUGCUGUUAUGUGAUUGUUAGUGAUAAUGUAGUAACCAUUUUAAAGAUACACUAGUAAAACUACGCACUGUAAAAUAUUUGCACACACAAUUUUUUUAUUGAAAUGUUUUGAGACUACUGUAAUUUUGACAAUAAUAUUCUAUUGAAAUACAAUUGCAAUAAUUUAAAGCAGUUUUGAAAGUUAGAUAUUUAAUUUAUAUGCCUCUACAUUUUUUUUUCUUCAUCCAAUAUAAAUACUUUGUUGUUUAAAAUGAUCUCCGUGUUUAGUUUUCUACAUCUAAUAUAAAUCUUCUAAAAUUUAGAAUGACGUUUUAGCAAAUUUUAAAGGAGAAAAGCUUAGUGGAAGAACAUGUCAAGCUUCACUUUGGUAAUGCUGAAAUUUCGAAAUUUAAGAAUACAUUUAAAGUCUGUCGUUUUCCUAAAUUUGGACUCGAACAUAACUUUAAACAAGACAUAAUAAUUUCAACAGUAUUUUAAUAAGACAUCUCAAGUUUGUAAACAUCACGUUACUGACUUCGGUUAUCAAAAUAUAGAAAUUACUUUAUUAGAAAAUAUGCAUAACUUUAUUAAAGGAAAAAGUCAGCAAUUUUAAUUAUGAUUUUAAUUUGUUUAGUCUCUGGUCUCUUUUAGGAAAAAAAAUUAAAUUGCAGUCUUAUAAAAUUAUUGGUAAAGCUUUUGAUGCCUUUAAUAGUUAAUAGUUUUUACUUUUGUUGAACGAAUAUUUUUUUUUAAUAUUUUGAAUAUUUUUAAGCAUAAAAAGUACUAGUAAAUUUAAUUACUCAAUAACUAAUUCAAAAAGUGCCAAGAUAAAUUUACUGCUGUAGUUUUUUUCUUAGAAGAACUUAGUGGAAAAAGGUAUAAGUCGCAACUCUUUUGUGGUUCAAACCAAGUAAUGUUUAGCAUCCAUAGAAAGUUUCUUUUCUGCUUGUUCAUCGAAUAAGCCUGAAAAUAUUCUCUGUAGGCAGGUUAUUGCCCUAUUUUCGGCAAGCUGGUGCUCCUAAAUCCAUAAAAAUGUCACUUGAAACUUUCUUCCACUAAAUUCCUCAGUUAUCUAAUGUAAGCUGGAGGUUCAUUGUGCAGGAAAUUGCGACUAAAAUGUUAUGUUCAUAAUAAGGAACUGAUUUUGGCGUGCAUAGUUUACUAAUUUACCUUCUCCAAGCCAAAUACCAUUCAUUAUUGGUUAACAUUUCAUGCAUCUAUUUAUUAUUUUUAACUUUGGUCAAUCUUAUUAAAUUUUAUUUGAAUAAAAUAGUAAUUACCUGUAUUGAGUGUAAUUUGUUAAAUAAACUGUAAAUGUAUACUAAAGCAAAAAAAAAAAACAUGAAUAAUGCACAAAUGAAAGUAUGGACGUACAGUUCUAUAAGCAGGAAUCUUCCUCAUUGUCUAAACACCUUUGGUGUUUAGUGGCGUCUCUUCUCUGACCUAACACCUAAAUCAUUUGGUUUUAGACACUGAGGAAGGUUCUUGCUUAGAGAAUUGAAACUGUAGUAUGUCCAUUUAUGUGCGUUUAUUUGUGCUUUGUUCAUGAUUUAUUUUGCUUUAGUAUACAUAGCACAAAGUUUACCUUAGCCUUUGUUGGACAGAGACGUAUACAUAAUAUUUUAUUGUAUAAAUAUUUAGCUGCAUACAUUAAAAAUAUGGUUUGUAGUUAUCAAAUUGUUUAUGCUGAAACUUAAUAAUUUUUUGUGAUCUACAGAGUUGUGCUUACUUUUAUUUACUGUGUAAAUAAUUUGCAGUGUAUAUUGAAACAAAAUAGGAAACUGAUAAUUACUUUGCAAUAAUUUUAUUCUCAGCAAAACUAAACUGUUAUUAUUUCAUUUUGAUUUUUCGAAUUAGAUUUCAAAUUUGUUUUCUUUUUAAAAAAUGUAUGAAUAAAUGGAAUUGUAUAAACUCUAUUCAUUGUAGAUUUAUAAAUUGUAAUGUAAAUAUACAUGUCUGGUUUGAAUGCAUUUUUUUUAAUUGUUCAAAUGAGUGUUUGGAAGAACACAUUGUUAUAUAGAUUUAUUUGUAAAUAAUGAAUAAAAAAUUAAUUUAUUUGGAAUAAAUGAA